AUGUUUAUGAAAAUUAGAGAGGAAUUAUCUGUACAUAGUGACUGUAUACUGUGGGGAAAUAGAGUGGUGGUGCCAGAGAAAAUGCGCUCUUAUAUAUUGGAAGAAUUACACCGGAACCAUGAUGGUAUAGUUAUUAGUAAAGCUUUAGCUAGAAGUUAUUUUUGGUGGCCAUGUAUGGAUAAACAAAUUGAAGAGAUGAUAAAAAACUGUAAUAUUUGCUCAGAAAAUAGGAACAUGCCUGCUCCAGUUACUCAUCAGUGGUUGAAACCAGAUAAGGCCUGGUCAAGAGUACACGUUGAUUACGCUGGACCUUUUCAGGAUGCAUACUCUAAGUGGCCAGAAGUUAAAAUAGUAAAUGAUCUUAGCAGUGCUACAUUGAUUCGAGAAUUAAGAUAUAUUUUUGCUGAACAAGGUUUACCUGAUUCUAUUGUAAGUGACAAUGGUCGAAGUUUCAUUUCAGAAGAAUUUCAGAAAUAUCUUAAGAGCUGUGGAAUUAGACAGAUAUUAGUACCUCCUUAUCAUCCAUCAUCGAAUGGGCAAGCUGAACGUACAGUACAGACAGUAAAAAAUAAACUUAGGAAAAGAACAUCAGAACCCUGGCAUGUCCGAUUGCCGAACUUAUUAUAUGGAUUGCGAGCCACACCUAACAGUGUUAAUGAAAAAACACCUGCGGAACUUCUGAACAACCGUCGGUUCAGAACACAGUUCGACUAUUUAAAUCCAUUAUCGUAUAAAACAGAUAGAAAAUUAAGUGCAAAUGAAAACAAUGAAAAACUUAAAGUACGGUCAUUUGAAAUUGGUGAGUCUGUGUAUGUUCGCAAUUAUAGCAAAGGACCUCGAUGGUUACGAGGAAUGGUGGAGAAGAGAGUAGGGGUAUGUAGAUACUUGGUACGAUGGAAUGGAAGGUUGUUGUUGAGACACAUUAACCAGAUGCAUAAAGGAGGGAUAACAAUUAAUGGAGACAGUUUAAAAAAUACUUCAAGGCCUGAUGCAACCCAAUAUAAUAGUGAUGAUGAAAGUCAUGUGGUUAUACCAUCUCCAGAGAAAUGGGCUGACAUCAUUGGAGUAUCAGGGCCACAAGACAUUGUAAUGCCAGGAAGUUCAGGUGAAAUAUUAAGGACAAAGAGAGCUUUAUCAUUAUCCCCACCUACACUAUCUUCCAAGACACGUAUCACUCACCUCGAGAGACACCUUGAGGAAGCACAAGCACAUAGUGAAUCUAUGUUGGAACACAAAUGG